CACCUCUCACCACUUCUCCGGGCAAAUUUUUGUCGGUUGCACUUGACAGCGACCAUACUUAAGGCUCCCCCAGCGCGCUUUGCUUGGGAAGGAACAGGUAGGAGGCGCGGGUUGCCUUGUGCACGCUCGCUGCUCUGGGAGGAGUCUCCCUGAUUUGGUUGGCUGUCCUUUCUGGGAGCUGCCCGCUGUCCGGAUCAUUGGUGUUCCGGUGUGUGGGCUGUAAGGGGACAGUGCCUGCGGCAGGAGCUGGGCCGAGUUCCUUCCCGGAGCGCGGCGCCAUGCUUCUGCUUGGCAUCUUAACCCUGGCUGUCGCCUGGCGACCUGCUGGCAGCUCCGAGCCAGAGCGAGAGGUGGUCGUUCCCAUCCGACUGGACCAGGACCUCAACGGCCGCCACUACUACCGGAGGGGUCCGGAGGACUCCGGGGAUCAGGGUCUCAUUUUUCAGAUCACAGCUUUUCAGGAGGACUUUUACCUACACCUGACUCCGGAUGCCCAGUUCCUGGCUCCUGCCUUCGCCACUGAGUAUCUAGGUGUCCCUCUCCAGAGGCUCAGCGGCAGCUCUCUAGACUUGCGACGCUGCUUCUACUCCGGGUACGUGAACGCCGAGCCCGACUCCUUUGCUGCAGUGAGCCUGUGCGGGGGUCUCCGCGGAGCCUUCGGCUACAGAGGCGCGGAGUAUGUUAUUAGCCCGCUGCCCAACGCCAGCGCGCCGGUGGCGCAGCGCCACAGCCAGGGCGCACACCUUCUCCAGCGUCGCGGUGUCCCCGGAGGGCCUCCCGGAGACCCCACCUCCCGCUGCGGGGUGGCCUCAGGCUGGAAUCCCGCCAUUCUGAGGGCCCUGGACCCUUACAAGCCACCGCGGACAGGCUUGGGGGAGAGUCACAGCCGGCUCAGGUCCGGGCGCGCCAAGCGCUUCGUGUCUAUCCCACGGUACGUGGAGACGCUGGUGGUGGCGGACGAGUCAAUGGUCAAGUUUCACGGCUCGGACUUGGAGCACUAUCUGUUGACGCUGCUGGCCACGGCGGCUCGACUCUAUCGCCAUCCCAGCAUCCUCAAUCCCAUUAACAUCGUUGUGGUCAAGGUGUUGCUGCUAGGAGACCGUGACACAGGACCCAAAGUCACAAGCAACGCAGCUCUGACUCUGCGUAACUUCUGCGCCUGGCAGAAGAAGUUGAACAAAGUGAGCGACAAGCACCCCGAGUACUGGGACACUGCCAUUCUUUUCACCCGACAGGACCUAUGCGGGGCUACCACCUGUGACACCCUGGGCAUGGCUGAUGUAGGCACCAUGUGUGAUCCCAAGAGAAGUUGUUCUGUCAUCGAGGACGAUGGGCUUCCGUCAGCCUUCACCACUGCCCAUGAGCUGGGCCACGUGUUCAACAUGCCCCAUGACAAUGUGAAGGUGUGUGAGGAGGUGUUUGGGAAGCUCCGAGCCAACCACAUGAUGUCUCCAACGCUCAUCCAGAUUGAUCGUGCCAAUCCCUGGUCAGCCUGCAGUGCUGCCAUCAUCACUGACUUCCUGGACAGCGGACAUGGUGACUGCCUACUGGAUCAGCCCAGCAAGCCCAUCUCCCUGCCUGAGGAUCUGCCAGGCACCAGCUACACUUUGAGCCAGCAGUGUGAGCUAGCCUUUGGGGUGGGCUCCAAGCCUUGCCCAUAUAUGCAGUACUGUACCAAGCUGUGGUGCACUGGCAAGGCCAAGGGGCAGAUGGUGUGUCAGACCCGCCAUUUCCCCUGGGCAGAUGGUACCAGCUGUGGCGAGGGCAAGUUCUGCCUCAAGGGGGCCUGUGUGGAGAGACACGACCUUAACAAGUAUCGGGUGGACGGCUCCUGGGCCAAGUGGGAGCCUUAUGGCCCCUGCUCACGCACCUGUGGAGGGGGUGUGCAGCUGGCUCGGAGGCAGUGUAGCAAUCCCACUCCUGCCAAUGGUGGCAGGUACUGCGAAGGAGUGCGGGUGAAAUACCGGUCUUGCAACCUGGAGCCCUGCCCCAGCUCAGCCUCUGGCAAGAGCUUCCGGGAGGAGCAGUGUGAGGCUUUCAAUGGCUACAACCAGAGUACCAACCGGCUCACCCUUGCUGUGGCAUGGGUACCCAAGUACUCUGGUGUGUCACCACGGGACAAAUGCAAGCUCAUCUGCCGAGCCAAUGGCACUGGCUACUUCUAUGUGCUAGCACCUAAGGUGGUGGAUGGUACACUGUGUACUCCUGACUCCACCUCGGUCUGUGUCCAAGGCAAAUGCAUCAAGGCUGGCUGCGACGGGAACCUGGGCUCCAAGAAGAAGUUUGACAAAUGUGGGGUGUGUGGGGGAGACAAUAAGAGCUGCAAGAGGGUGACAGGACUCUUCACAAAGCCUAUGCACGGCUACAAUUUUGUGGUGGCCAUCCCUGCAGGUGCCUCGAGCAUUGACAUCCGCCAGCGUGGCUACAAGGGGCUCAUUGGGGAUGACAACUACCUGGCCCUGAAGAAUAGCCAAGGCAAAUACUUGCUUAACGGGCAUUUUGUGGUGUCAGCCGUAGAGCGGGACCUGGUGGUGAAGGGCAGCCUGCUGCGGUAUAGUGGCACAGGCACUGCGGUGGAAAGCCUGCAGGCUUCUCGGCCCAUCCUGGAACCGCUGACCGUGGAGGUACUCUCCGUGGGGAAGAUGACACCACCCCGGGUCCGCUACUCAUUCUACCUGCCCAAAGAGCCUCGGGAGGACAAGUCCUCCUACCCCAAGGACCCUCGGGGUCCGUCUGUGCUUCACAACAGUGUCCUCAGCCUCUCCAACCAAGUGGAGCAGCCAGACAACAGGCCACCCGCACGCUGGGUGGCAGGCGGUUGGGGGCCUUGCUCUGUGAGCUGUGGCAGUGGCCUGCAGAAGCGAGCUGUGGACUGCAGGGCCUCCCCGGGGCAGCGCGGGGCUUCUGCCUGUGAUGCAGCCCAUCGGCCAGUGGAGAAACGAGCCUGCGGGGAACCCUGUCCAACCUGGGAGAUCGGGACCUGGUCCCCCUGUUCCAAGAGCUGUGGCCGAGGAUUUAAGAGGCGUCCACUCAAGUGUGUGGGCCACGGAAGUCGGCUGCUGGCUCGGGACAAGUGUGACCUACGCCGCAAGCCCCAGGAACUGGACUUCUGUGUCUUGAGGCACUGCUGAAGGGGGCUAUCUCUUUCAUCCCCUUAUUCUCUUCCCAUUGUUGUGCUGGUGCUCUGGUCAGCUGGAGCAGAGGACAGCAGCCAGUGGCCUGUGCCACGGUGUCAACCCAGAACAAGGACCAUGGGUCUGGGGCAGAGAGGUUCCUUCCUCCCUGGACUGGGCAGAGGGAAGCUAACUAAUGCACAGUCUACCUCAUGCCCUGUUUCUUGGGGGCCCAUUUGUGGAGAGAGGCGGUGGCAAAUGGGUGCUGGGCAGAAGGUGUUGAAAUAAUUUCUGAGGAACCUGGAAGUUGGGUGCCUUCCAGGCAGAACUUCAGGGACCUUGGCCCCCAUAAUGGAGGCCACAGGCUACUGGAAGAGUCAUGGCCUGGCAGCUUGGCACCUUCAGGUGACCCCAAGAACUCCAAGCCAUCCCUGAACAAGGCAAGGGUUUCAUGGUGCUUUCAGCCUUGUGUCCUUUAGACUGAUGUGGACCUAACAGCAAAAUUGUGCAGGGGUUUCUAGAAGCCAAAGGGAGAAUGAGAUCAAGUUCAUUUGGGUGCAACUGAACCAGGAUCCCCAUUUGGGAAGAGAUGGAUGUGUACAGAGAGUUCCCUGGUCUUCUAUCUUGGCCCCCCUUAAGAACCAGCCUAUGUAAGCCUGAUGGCCAGGGCAUUAGACCAGCUGGAGGCAGUCACUGAAGUGUCCUCUGAUGCUUUGUAGGCAUCCAGAAAAAAUCCAUAGGGAACCCAUUUUUAUAGGAGGGAACAACUAUUGCAAACAUGCUGUCACUUAAAAGGGGUGAUGAUUUGGUGGGUCAAGCAGGGAACAUGAGGAGAGAUGUUCUAGAAGGUUCUGUUCUCACUAGGGCUAGGGUGGGUAGGUAGGCAUCGAACUGUGGGACCUGGCUUUGGAGAAUGUCACCAUGUGAUGGGAGAAAGGAGACUCCAGUUUUGAUGUCUUUUUCAUCUUGAGAGGAAUGUACAAACGAGGCUGAUGCUGAAGACACUGUAUUGCCCCAGGGAGCCUCCAAAGUGACAACAGCCCUGAACUCACUGAAAGGAGAGUGGGGGUAUCAGGGAGGAUGAUGUACUGGACACCAGGUGCCUGUAAGUCAGCCCUCCUCCCCAGCAGCUCCUGCUGUUUCCUGAGGGCAUGCCACAUUGCAUCUCUAGGCCUUCACCUUUCCAGUUCGUAAAUGGGGUUCACUGUUUUCUACCUCACAUUAUGCUAAGACAGAAGUGACCUGGUGCUUCUACCACACCAAGUUAUCAUCUUCAUAGAUGCAUCUGCCUAGCCAUUGAGAGGAGUAUGUGGUGUAUGACUUCCUAUCCCUCACAGUUAGCUACCUGUUGGGGCUCCAAAUAUGAAGAUGGAGUGGUGUGGGGUGUUUUCCUCUUCAGGUUCCUUGCAUUCAGGUUUCAGGAAACGCCAAGAAUCAAUGACCCUUGUCAGCCACCAGUAGGAACUUUGGAGACCCAUCUAUCUGUCAUGUCGAUAUGUCAGUGAACUAGAAAUCCAGGUGUCUCUUAUAGCUCCAAGUGGGGAGAUAUUUUGAAAUUACAGAUCUUUUGGCCAGGAAGGGUAUUUCUUGAAGGUCCAGAUGCUUCAGUUCAUAUAGGACAUCUUUAAAUUGUAGACAAUGAUUCCAGGACCUCAGUAGAGAACUUCAUGGAGAUAAGACCAAAGCCCCUGUCUUCAUUGUGGAAAACAGGCCAGCCCUUUUAUGUGGCUUUUCCUUGUAGUCAAAAUCUGCAUACUGACAAGUGGCCUGUUUAGCCUCUUGAGUAUUGUUCUAACUCUGGUCCAUCUUCUGGGCUGGAGACCUUGGACAGAGCUCCUUGGACCUUGGUGAAGGGCAUGGAGCUCUCUGAGGCUAGGCUGCAGUCACCCUUAAAGGGUGGCAUGAGGAGGAGGUGGCAGUGAUCACUUUAAGGCUAAUAGAGACAAAAGGACCCCAACACCUCAGCAGAAGGGCAGCCUUGCCAGCUGACAACAGCAUGGAACUCUGUGCUUGGUGCAUUCUCUCCCUGUGGGUAGAUGGGGGUACGGGGCUGUGCAGAAUGGUCAGGGGAAAGGGUAUGUGGGAAGGGAGGUGCCCUCACUGAGAUGACUGGUUCUUAGCAGACUGGUGUUUGCUGUCAGUUGUUUUAGAAGUCAUUUCAAGGAAGGAUGGCCACUGUUGUUCCUGAAACAUGCUAGCCAGGUCUCCACGCUCUUUUCUGUCACAAUGUUUUUGGUUUUGUUUUAAUAUUUCUUCUUUUUAAAAGAAGUAUGACCAAGACAGCUUAGAAAGUUUGUCUUAUCUUUGAACAUUUUCUGUCUACUUGUGCUCUCCAGGGCUGAGAAGAGAUGAGACUCAAGGCACAGGUUUUUGGUGAUGGAUUAAAGAGUUAAAGUGAUAUCUCAUGUCUAUGGAGAACAUCAUUUGGGGGGUGGUCCAGGAACUUCUUCAGUGGGGCAUGAACCAGUAAGGUUUUGGCUCGGGAUCCCCUAGCCUUCUUUGCCCAUCAUGUGCACUGACUGGAGGAUUUAGACCCAAACACCCUCUUAUGGACCUCAUCAUGUUCGGGAUGGAGCUGGAAGGAGCUGAGAGCCCCCUGCCCCCAGCUGGGAAAUCAGCUCCUGGAGACUCUAGGCAGUAUUGUUGAUAGAGCCCCUUCCCCUUUGGGCUUGCUUCUUUUGCAUUUCUUAUACUGCAGAAGGAUGGGAGUGUCUGGGAAUGGGCUGAGUGUGUAUACUGUGUAUACAUGGGAGUUGGCUGCUGAAGUGACAGCAGCCUAUUCCUAAUAAAGUCCAAAGUAUUUAAAA